UUGGCGAAGACAGUUGCUCUGGAAGGAAAUAUGCCUGCUAAUGAUACAUGUGCUGGGCCAGAUGGAUAUAAGACAGAUUUUCGAUAUUUUAUCUAUGCAGUGACAUAUACUGUAAUUCUUGUACCAGGUCUCAUAGGAAACAUAUUAGCCUUAUGGGUAUUUUAUGGCUAUAUGAAAGAAACCAAACGGGCUGUGAUAUUCAUGAUAAACUUAGCCAUUGCUGACUUACUACAAGUUCUCUCCCUGCCACUGAGGAUCUUUUACUACUUGAAUUAUGACUGGCCAUUUGGGCCUGGCCUCUGCAUGUUCUGUUUCUACCUGAAGUAUGUCAACAUGUACGCAAGCAUCUACUUCUUGGUCUGCAUAAGUGUGCGACGAUUUUGGUUUCUCAUGUACCCCUUUCGCUUCCAUGACUGCAAACAGAAAUAUGACCUAUACAUCAGCAUUGCUGGCUGGUUGAUCAUCUGCCUUGCCUGUCUGCUCUUUCCUCUCCUCAGAACCAGUGAGGACACUUCAGGCAACAGAACCAAAUGCUUUGUGGAUCUUCCUACCAGGAAUGUCAAUCUGGCUCACUCUGUUGCCAUGAUGACCAUUGGCGAGUUGAUUGGGUUUGUCACUCCUCUUCUGAUUGUCCUGUAUUGUACCUGGAAGACAGUUUUAUCACUGCAUGAUAAAUAUCCUGUGGCCCAGGAUCUUGGGGAGAAAAAAAAAGCCUUGAAGAUGAUUCUAACCUGUGCAGGAGUAUUCCUAAUUUGCUUUGCACCUUAUCACUUCAGUUUUCCUUUAGAUUUCCUGGUCAAGUCCAACAAAAUUCAAAGCUGCUUAGCCAGAAGGGUGAUUCUAAUAUUUCAUUCUGUUGCCCUCUGUCUUGCUAGUCUGAAUUCCUGUCUUGACCCAGUCAUAUACUACUUCACCACUAAUGAGUUCAGAAGACGACUUUCAAGACAAGAUAGCAUCCAACUCCAUGCAAAAUCCUUUGUAAGCAACCAUACCACUUCUACUCUGAAAACUGAAUUAUGCUAAAUUAAAACAAAACCUGAAUGUGGUCUGAAAAUGCAAG